AUGGAAACCGGUGAAUCUCCGUCCAGUGAAAGCCUCGAGGAACUAAGUGAGGGAACGGAGGCUUCGUCGCCCUCUGGAUCGACGAUAUACUCUUCUGCGCUUGCUCUUCUUCGAGGCGAGCGGCACGUACGGGUUGGCGCUAGCGAAACCGAGCUCCGAAAGCUCCUAGCUGACGAGAUAGGACCUGAGAGGCUGAAAGAGCUGGUAGAGGAAACAAAGCUGGACGAGGAAACUAUCCUAGCUACAGUUUUGGCUUCUAUCCUCGAACGAGGCUACGUGCGUCCAAAACUCCCUGAAAUCAACACCCUAUCUGAUGUGGUGUCGCUGCUUCGAAAUUCCGAGAACAUCCUCGUCUUGUGUGGUGCAGGGAUAUCAACUUCACUCGGCAUACCAGACUUUCGGAGCGAGGGCGGCAUCUACGAACGGGUUCAGGCGCGAUACCCUUUCCUUGACGACCCUCAGAUGCUUUUCGAUCUGGACCAGUUUCUGGUUGACCCGCGGCCUUUCUAUGAGUUUGCGGCUGAAAUUUUCCCACCAGAAGAGGCGCUUCGAAAACCAUCUUUCUGUCAUCGGUUUAUUGCACAGCUUGAGCGAUCCGGCAAGUUGCUUCGAUGUUAUACACAGAACAUUGACGGGCUCGAGCGUGCAGCGGGAAUUAGCCGAACGAUAUUCUGCCACGGUAGCUUCGAUACGCUUCGCUGCGUCAAGUGCAACCGGUCACGUGCGAUAUGUGAACAGGAUCGACAUCAGAUUCGAAGAGGCAACGUGAUCUAUUGUGAGCGAUGUACCGGAGAGGAAGCGUUGCAUGCUAAUGACAAGCGCUCAAGCUUGGAUGAUGGCCUUGCAUCUGACAGCGAAGACUCGUGCGGAUCCGACGGUUUCGACCCUGAGCCAGUCAUGAAGCCGGGUAUAGUGUUUUUCGGCGAGCCGUUGCCGCAGGAGUUUUUCGAUUCAAUCGAAGAUGAUCUUCGACGAGCUGAUAUGCUCCUCGUCAUUGGAACAUCGUUGCAGGUGGCGCCCGUUGCCGAUAUGCCGCGCAGCCUCGACGCAAGCGUCCCGCAGAUUCUGGUGAACAGGGAAGUAGUCGCACGAGCAAGAAUCCAGUUUGAUGUGGAGCUCCUUGGUGACUGUGACUUUAUCGUUCGAUUAAUAGCAGAGCUUCUGGGCUGGUCGGACAAAAUAGGUGAUACGGAGCGAUGUUCGCUGGCUGGCGACCCAGAACAGUACUUUCAACUGCCAAGUCGCUAUGUGUUUCCGGGUGCACGACUCGACCCCGACGGAGCCGGACAUCGACUGCAAGCCGAUGACAUGUCGCAAAAUCCCGAAUCAGGUGCGACUUGGAAUGGAUUUCAGUGA